AUGGACGUGGUUGACUCCGCCAUCGAUCCCCUCAGGGAGUUCGCCAAGGAUAGCAUGCGCCUCGUCAAGCGCUGCCACAAGCCCGACCGCAAGGGUAAUUUCACGUCACUCCUCGAUCCACGUUCCCAUUUCUCUGUGUCCACCCACCCUUUUUUGGGGUGAUCUAUUCGUUUUAGGAAUCGGUGCUUCCGGCUUUUCAAUCUAUCCGUUUCUUACCCCGUACAUUGCCCUCUAAUUUAUUUUUUUCUUGUCCGGGUGGUGUCCCGAAGAAUUCUCGAAGGUUGCGAUACGCACUUCCAUAGGGUUCGUAGUGAUGGGAUUUGUCGGAUUCUUCGUGAAGCUAAUCUUCAUCCCCAUCAACAACAUCAUUGUCGGAUCCGUCUGA